GUUGCCUGAAUACAGGGCCAAACCCGUUGCGUGCGGUCGGAGCUUAUGGAAGACACGCAUGAGCUGGAACUCAGAACUACGGGCUGCCAUACUCGGAGGGGUUGCUGAUGAAGCCCACCUGCUUUCUUAAUGUCUUCCUGCAAUUCAAUAACCCUUGUUUCUGCCUGAAACUGGUAAAAAAUUCGUCCUUUCAAAAGACAGUCCCACGCUGAGAGCUCCAAGCAAUACCAGUGCUAGGCUUGCCUUGAGGAUGCAGACAGACAACAGCCACCUGCCAGACAAUAUCCAAGAACAAGAUCCUCCUGCUACUUCAAGCAAUAAUUGCCUGCAUAAUGCUGAGGAAUUGGAAAAUGAACAAGAAAAUGAUGUUUGUAACAGUGACCUGGAUAAUAAAGUUCCUAGCUCUACCAGCCAGUCAUCCACUUUCAUGGCUGUCCCUUUGGAGAUGCCCAGAAGAGGACAACCCCUUUUACAGAUCAACAGACAACAGAUUCAGUCCAUCUCACAUAAUGCACAGGCUGCUGAGCUGAAAGGUUUAGGAGUUGAUGUCUAUGACCAGGAUGUAUUGGAGCAAGGAGUUCUUCAGCAAGUAGAUAAUGCAAUUAACGAAGCUCAUAAAGCAACAAAAAAAGCAGAUGCAGAGAAAGAAUAUCAGUCAGUGCUGGAUGACUUAAGAUCGUGUACAACUUCUCUGAAACAAAUAAACAAAAUUAUUGAGCAGCUCUCCCCUCAGGCUGCCAACAACAAAGACAUAAGCAGAAAACUAGAUUCUGUAAAACGGCAAAAAUAUAACAAGGAGCAACAGCUAAAGAAGAUUAAAGCGAAACAAAAGCGUCUGCAGUCAUUUCUUGGUGGAACAGAGAUUCUUGACAAAGUAAAUGAGAUUGAAUUCGAGGAAGAUGAAGAACCUGGUCCGUCGUGUCUUGGCAGCAUGCUUAUGCCUGUUCAGGAAACAGAGUGGGAAGAGCUUAUUCGCACUGGCCAGAUGACACCAUUUGGGACUAAAAUACCUCAGAAGCCAGAGAAGAAGGUGCGACAAUUAAUGCUAAAUGAAGCAUCUGAUUUUGAGAAGUACUUAGCUGACCAAGCCAAGCUGUCAUCUGAAAGAAAAAAGUUAUCCCUCCGCAAAGGGGCAAAGAAGAAAGCACAAGCUAAAAACGUGAAGGGUGUCGCUCCUGCGUCGACUGAAAAGGAAAAAGGGGGUAAAGCCUUGUCAAAAACAGAUAAGCGCCUAAAAAAACACAUGAGAAAGCUUCAGAAGCAUGCCCUUCAGAUUAAAUCAAAGGCAGAGAUCCCAAAAGAAAAGAAAUAUUUUGAGGUCAGGAAGUUCAGAUGUCGACAGGAGGAUGAUAGUGAAGAGUCUGAGUAUGUACCUGAUGAGGAGCUCUUUGAUCCAGAAGCAGCAGAAGAGGAGGAAGAACAAGCGUCUUCUCAUGCUGAGAAUGAUUCUGAUUAUGAACUCGGGAAUUUGUCAAGAAAAAGAAAACACUCAGCGAAGAGAGAUUUUGAAGAAGCUGAAGAUGACGCUGACUUCUUUCCAAGCUCUGAGGAAGAAGAGCAUGCAUUGGGGAAGCGCAAAGUAAAGAGAUGGAGAGAUGAUGGAGACGAAGGCUAUUAUAAACAGAGACUAAGGAGGUGGCAAAAAGAACGUUUGAAGGAGAAAGAACAUCAAACAGCUGAGGAACUUUCUGAAGAAAGUGACACUGAAUUUGAAGAGGGUUUCAAAGUACCAGGAUUUCUCUUCAAAAAGCUUUUUAAGUACCAGCAGACAGGUGUUAGGUGGCUCUGGGAAUUGCAUUGCCAGCAGGCAGGAGGAAUUCUGGGAGAUGAGAUGGGAUUGGGCAAGACCAUCCAGAUAAUUGCCUUCUUGGCAGGUCUGAGCUACAGCAAGAUCAGGACUCGUGGUUCAAAUUACAGGUACCAGGGAUUGGGUCCAACAGUGAUUGUUUGUCCAACUACUGUGAUGCAUCAGUGGGUAAAAGAGUUCCACUCAUGGUGGCCUCCAUUUAGAGUCGCCAUUCUCCAUGAAACUGGUUCUUACACCAACAAGAAGACGAAACUAAUUCAUGAAAUCGCUGCGUGCCAUGGAAUUUUAAUCACGUCUUAUUCCUACAUCCGACUGAUGCAGGAUAACAUCCACAGCUACGACUGGCACUAUGUGAUUCUGGACGAGGGUCACAAAAUCCGAAAUCCAAAUGCUGCAGUCACACUUGCAUGCAAGCAGUUCCGUACACCCCAUCGAAUUAUCUUGUCUGGCUCCCCUAUGCAAAAUAACCUAAAGGAGCUCUGGUCCCUCUUUGACUUUGUGUUCCCAGGGAAAUUGGGAACACUACCUGUGUUCAUGGAGCAAUUUUCUGUUCCAAUAACCAUGGGAGGAUAUGCGAAUGCCUCUCCUGUCCAGGUCAAAACUGCAUACAAAUGUGCCUGUGUGUUACGGGACACUAUAAACCCCUAUUUGCUGAGACGAAUGAAGGCUGAUGUGAAAAUGAGUGUUUCACUUCCAGAUAAAAAUGAACAGGUCCUCUUUUGCCGUUUGACAGAUGAGCAGCGUCAAGUCUAUCAAAAUUUCAUCAACUCUAAAGAAGUUUACCAGAUUCUCGAUGGAGAAAUGCAGAUUUUCUCAGGACUGGUAGCUUUGAGAAAGAUUUGCAACCACCCUGACCUCUUCUCUGGUGGCCCCAAGAUUCUGAAAGGUGUACCAGAUGCUGAGGUGGAGGAAACAGAUCAGUUUGGAUAUUGGAAACGUUCUGGAAAAAUGAUAGUGGUAGAAUCCUUGCUGAAAAUAUGGCACAAGCAAGGUCACAGAGUGUUGUUUUUUACUCAGUCAAGACAGAUGCUGCAGAUACUUGAAGUCUUUGUGAGAGACAGAAACUAUUCCUACCUCAGGAUGGAUGGUACCACAACAAUAGCCUCCAGGCAGCCCCUUAUAACAAGAUACAAUGAGGACAAAUCCAUAUUUAUUUUUCUUCUAACAACUCGUGUUGGUGGCAUUGGGGUUAACUUGACUGGUGCUGACCGGGUAAUUAUUUAUGAUCCUGACUGGAAUCCCAGUACUGACACACAGGCUCGAGAACGUGCUUGGAGAAUAGGCCAAAAGAAACAGGUGACUGUGUAUAGACUUCUCACUGCAGGUACUAUUGAAGAGAAAAUCUACCACAGACAAAUCUUCAAACAGUUUUUAACGAACAGAGUGUUGAAGGACCCUAAGCAGAGGCGCUUUUUCAAGUCCAAUGAUCUUUAUGAGCUUUUUACUCUGAGCAGCCCAGAUGUGUCUCAGGGGACAGAAACAAGUGCAAUUUUUGCAGGUACUGGUUCAGAUGUUCAAGUCCCAAAACGCCAAUUGAAACGAAAGCUCGAAAAGCCACCUGAUAAUGUCACUUCUGAAGGUGAUCUUACAGAAAGCAGCUCACCUAAGUGCAGCAAGUCAUCCAGUUCCUACUCAACCACCCACAUGACAAAUUCUUCUACUAAAGAGAUAGAGGCAAGUGAGGAAACCAAAGGAAAUUUGGAAGCCUUUGACCAAAAUAAUGAUACAAAAGAUAAUACACAAGCUUCUACUGAUAUAAACUCAUUGGAUAAAAGCAAGGAGGAAAGCUUGGAAAGAGCUAGGAAAUCUUUGGCCCAGUCAUUGCCAGGUGAUGCAGGGUCUUCAGAGUAUACCAAAUGUGUGAAUGCCACAGUGGGUGAAGUAGUACAUGAAGCAGCUAAUGCAAAUGUCAAGGGAGAUUCUAGCCUUACAUGUGGUGCUGAUGGCUCUUGGGAAAAGCAAACUGGUAAAACUGAAGAUGAGCAAUUAGAUAAUCAUUCUAAAUGUACCUCAAAAACAAAGCAUAGGGUGGAUAUGCUGUCACAUGAGAGCCACAAAGAUAAGUCUAAGAAGAAACAUCACAAAGAUGCCAAAUUUGAAGGAGAGCGCAUUCCUCAUCUAGUGAAACAAAAGCGAUACCAAAGGGACAACAGUGAAGAGAAGGAGGACUCCUCAAAGCAAAACGAUGAUUAUGUCUUGGAGAAGCUUUUCAAAAAAUCAGGGGUGCAUAGUGUUAUGAAGCAUGAUGUUAUCAUGGAAGCUUCCAGUUCAGAUCAUGUGCUGGUGGAAGCAGAAGCAAGCAGAGUGGCCCAGGAUGCCUUAAGAGCCUUAAAAGUCUCUCGACAGCGGUGUUUAGGAGCUGCUUCUGGUGUGCCAACAUGGACAGGCAUGAGUGGUCUUUCAGGUGCACCAUCAGGGAUAAAGAGUCGAUUUGGUCAAAAAAGAAACUCCAGGCUGCUUUCUUCACCUUCUACUUGUGCAUCACCUGCAAAGAAGUGCAAGGAUGCAGAUACAGUAAAGAAAGAAAAUGUAAAGAAGGGUACUUCCAAUGGGCACUUUGAUGGAAAAUCUGGAGAGUCAUCAUCCAGCGCACUAGACUCUUCAUCUUUAUUAGCUAAGAUGAGAGCAAGAAAUCACUUUCUUUUACCACGGCAGACAGGGAACGAGGAAGAUGAGAAUCAUCAGCAAGCACCCACCGUAGCCCCGUGUUCAACAGAAUAUGACGAGCUGCUUGUGAGCGUGCGUAACUUCAUCGCGUUCCAGGCCCGCGGGAAUGGCGAGGCAAGCACUCAGGAGCUGCUGCAUGAGUUUGAGUCCAAACUGCCUGCAGCGCACUCCUGCGUCUUUAGAGAACUGCUCCGUAAUCUCUGCACCUUCCACAGGAGCCCGAAUGGUGAAGGUGUCUGGAGGCUGAAGCCAGAAUUCCGCUGACCUUUGCCAAGGGAAGGCACCUGUCUGUGCACUCAACCACUACUCUCCUUUCAAAGACUUGCUGUUUCUUUUUUAAAAUGAGGAAUUAUUUCACAUUCAUAACUUAAUAACUGACUUGAGCAGUCAGUGGUGUGCAGUGCUCGUUGCAGGCUCAGAGCCAGCUUAAUUUCUGACUUACGCUAUUUAUAUGAAAGUGCCAUCUACCUCACAGACGAAACAACCCAAAAUAUCAGCACCUUUUCUUUUAGAAGAAAUUCUAAUAUAAAUGGGAUGAAGAGUACCUUCUGACUUUUUAUUGCAAUAAGAACCAUGGAUGUUGCCGUGGGUUGUAAGAUUAUUUUUUUUUUAUUUGAUUUCUAUGAAAUUACAAGAACUUCUCCCUCAGCUUUUUUGUAUGAUACUUGAAUAGUCAUGGGGCACAUGGCUAAAAAAAAAGAAUUAGAAAAAUGGUUAGUGGUCAGUAUUCACUUAUACCAACAAGUACAGCAAAAUCAUUGUGUGACACUUCCCUCAGCCGUGAGAAUUUUGUUUUCAUGUUGGUGCUUUCAUUGUUGCCGGUAUCUAGCAUAUAUACUGUAACUCAGAUCACUAAUUAACUUGGAAAAUAAUUCUACUGCCACGGAGGUUUAAUAACAAAAAAAGGAAAGUCUGGCAGCAUAUUGAGGUGACUGACAGUUGAUUAUUAUGGAAAACUUAUUAUAUCACUGAAAAAAAACAUUUACACUUUAAUCAUCGAUUCAGUUACAGUCCCAUACACCACUGGCAAUUGUGUGGUAAGAUAUUUCUUACUACUGAGGUGAUAGUAAUUUAUGUUUGUCACAGAGUGUAGACUGAUAAUUAAAACCCCAUGAAACGUUCAUGGGUCUCACUGUAAUUUAUGUCAAAAACUUUCCAGUUCCCUGUUAGCACUUAAAUACCUUGGCAGAGACUGAGGUGUUUAUUGGUCAGAGGGGGGAUGGUUUCACUGUAAUUUACUAAACGUAAUCACUUUUGGCCAGAGACAUAAUUGGAGCGUAUGCAGAAGUUACAAGUCAUACCUAUUCUGUCGAUAAGGAAAACCUUGGUCUUCCUGACAGUCACACAAGUUCUAAUACCUAUUUUCUUCGAAGGAAGGAAGGACUGGACUAUUUGUAUCAAACCCAAGUAGUACAUUGGGUCUCUCUGUAAACUGUACUGUAUAUUGAAAUCUUAAGGGAGUGAAAACUGAUAGAUUUUGAGAAAAAACACAUUUAUGCACAUUCUAGUAGCAUCAUUAAAUUACUGUAUAGCUUAAACUAGGAACAGUUAAAUCAUAACACCUAAUGCCUUUCCUGUCUCUUAAGCAAGAGAGAAAAGGGAAAGCUGAGCUACUUUUAGUUUUUCAGUGGAAAGUGUCCUGUUUACUUCAAGUGAAAGUACAAAUAUUGGCACAUGUAUGGUGGAGCAAGAAUUCACACUGUUAAUUUAAUCUCAUAAAGAAAGUUUCUAAGAUCCUUCCAGUGUUCUUUCCUCUUGUUUUUGCUCAGUGCUAAAGAAUCUGUAGAGAUUUUCCAAAAGUGGUGCCUCACUGUUUUAAUAACCGGUCAGCUGGCUUUUCACAAACUGGAGUUGGAGAGGGCAUACAGCCCAAGAACAUGAUUUUAUUUCCCUCAUGGCAUUUUAAGGUGGGACCAUUGCACCUCUUCCUCACAUUUCUUUUUCUGAUCCCACUUCUAUUCACUUACAUUCCUUCUCUCAGGAGAAAGGUGAAACCAAGAAUAUGGGCUGCAAUUACAAAACACUUCAAAAACUGUGGAUCAGUUGAUAGGAACUUAAAAUGGAUCAAAAAAGAAUAAAAACAAACCAAUUUUGCUGUUCUCCCCAAAGCUACAAGGAAUUCUAAUUGGCUUUGGGUGUCAUGCUCCCAUGCAUCCCUAUGCCUCAGGAACACACCACGAACUCAGCUGUCAGCAAAGCUGCUGUUGCCACUUCAGGGGUCAGUUCUGGUGUCCUGUUUUAGCUACUGCUUCCAAUCUUGAAGACAAAGGUCCUGUACUAAUGAAAGUUUGCAGCUUCUCGAUGAUGUAUUUAUGUAAAUAGACUUGCAUGUGCUUUUGAUAAAUCCUUGACUUUUGUGGACUUAUUAAAAAAGCAAACUCAAAAGUCUGUUGUAGAAGUCUUCUUUGAGGGUGGGAAGGAAAAUAGGUUGGGGAGGGCCAUCUUUUCCUGUAUAGCAUGGCUUUUGCUAAAUGAUUCAUAUUAUUGUUUUAAGUACUUUUCUAUUUUCCA